AUGUCUACUGUCAUUGCUUCUCACGUGCCCAGUUCCAUCUCCACGGACAAGUUGCAAAAGUUCUUCUCGUUCUGUGGAGACAUCAAGUCUAUCAAUCUUCUCGAGAAGAUCGAAAAGUUCCUGACUUACGAGGUCAACUUUGAAUCUCCCAAGGCAAUUGACACCGCUUUACUUUUGAACGAGGCAGAAUUGGAAGGAGUUCAGAUCAAAAUCGAGGCUGGCUCUGGAAGCUCUUCUUCUACUAAGAGCGAAGACGCUGAGAAGCCACCCAGCUACUCGGCUGUUCCAUCUAAGGUUGCUCCACUUGAAAAAGGUGAACCACCUUCUGGCGACAACAAAAUACAGACUGAUGUCACCAAGACUGGGGAUAGUCACUAUGACGAUAUCAACCAGGUAGAAAAGCCUAAGUAUGCCAUCAUGGCUCAGUUAUUGGCCAGCGGCUACACUUUAAGCGACAAUAUUAUUCUGAGAGCCAUUGAGGUCGACAACCAGAAGGGUUAUACUUCCAAGUUCAAGAGCUUCUUGAGCGAUUUGGACCUGAAAUACAUCCAAUCGAGUAACCCAGAGUCUGAUUUCAACAAGAAUGUCGCAGUUGCCCAAUCGAAGUUGGCUGAUUUACAAAGUCAGCUCUACAAGUCGAAGUACACUUCCAAAUUCAGUCACUACUUUGAUAAGGCUGCCAGCCAUCCUUACGGAGUCAAGGUGCAUGAUUUCUACAAGGGAGUCGCCCAAAAUGUCCAGGAUGUCCACACUGAAGCCAAAAGAUUGAAUGCCUUGCAGAAGGAACAACAGGCUGCUGCUGCUGCUUCUACCCCUACUAGUGCCGCUGAUGCCACUAGUGCUGCCGCUGCUGCAGAAGAUGCUCCCGUUCUUCCUCCAAGAAAAGAGUGA